GAAAAAGCAAAACAUUCAAUUUUCUCAAGCAUCUGAGAGUUUGAUCAAACCUCUAGAGCGUCCCCUGAGAUUUGGGAUGGUAGGUGCUUCCCUGGCGAUGAGUCAUAAAUAACAUUAUGGUUGGAGCUCUUGAGAAACACUUUUUCUUUGACAAAAAAUGUUUCCCUGCAAGUUGACCAAACUGUGCAGAUGUUUUCCAUCUAACCAGGAGAGGGCGGCAGUAGACCUUUGACUGUUUCUGGCAACAACCAAAAAAUAAAUAAAAUAAAAGCAAUCCCAAAAUAUAGAAAAAUUAGUAAAGUUUCUUUCUGAAAAAAAAUCUGGAGUCAUUAUAGUCAGCUUAUUUCGAUGGUACCUCCCCAUCUAGAAACUGCGAUGAACAAUGGGAAAUGAAGUCAUCAACAGUUAUUUGGUUUCUUUCCUGCUCUGCCCUCCUCCUGUCACGAUGUGGCUGUGUGUCUGGUGCCAGUGGUGUGGUCUUACUGGGACGCUGUUCUUCAUUUUCGCUGUUUUUUUCGUUUUAUGUUUGGUAAAGCAGAAGGAUCCUCCUCAUUUCCCACCAGGACCACCAGCCCUUCCUGUUCUGGGGAACAUCUUUAGCAUUGAUUCUAAGCAGCCUCACAUUUACCUGACCAAGCUCGCUGACGUUUAUGGGAAUGUGUUCUGCAUCCGUCUGGGAAGACACAAAACCGUUUUUGUGACGGGCUGGAAGACGGUGAAGGAGGCUUUGGUGACACAAGCUGACAACUUUGUGGACAGGCCUUACAGCCCGAUGGUGACCAGAAUUUAUGGAGGAAACUCAGCGGGUCUUUUCUUCAGCAAUGGCUCGGUGUGGAAGAGACAGCGGCGCUUCGCCAUGACCAUGCUUCGCACUUUUGGCGCUGCCAAAAGCUCCACAGAGCAGAGCAUCUGUGAGGAAAGCCGACAUCUGCUGGAAGCAAUGGAGAUGGAAGGAGGAGAACCCUUUGACCCAGUCCCACUUCUGAACAAAGCUGUCUCCAACAUCAUCUGCCAGAUCGUGUUUGGGAGGCGGUUUGACUACAGCGACACAGACUUUCAGGCCAUGCUGACUAAUCUAACAGACAUGGCUUAUCUAGAAGGCUCUGUGUGGGCUCUGCUGUAUGACGCCUUCCCUGCACUCAUGAAAUAUCUGCCGGGGCCUCACAAUAGCAUCUUCAGCAGCUCCAAAUCUUUGGAGACAACAAUCAGAAGAGAGAUAAACAGACACAAGCAGGACCUGGACCCCAGCAACCCUCGAGAUUACAUUGACAAGUUCCUCAUGGAGGAGAGACACAAUCGAAAAAUCCACUCUGGCUUUGAGGAGGAAAACCUGGUUCUCUGUUGUCUGGAUCUGUUCCUGGCUGGCAGUGAAACCACCUCUAAGACCCUGCAGUGGGGGCUCAUAUACCUCAUCACAAACCCUCACAUCCAAGAUAAAGUACAGGCAGAGAUGGACAGAGUGGUGGGACACAGCCGUCAGCCCACCACGGCGGACAGAACCAACAUGCCGUACACAGAUGCUGUCAUCCACGAGAUCCAGAGGAUGGGGAACAUCGUUCCUCUCAACGGACUCAGGAUGGCGGCAAAGGACACAACGCUGGGGGGUUACAUCAUCCCAAAGGGCACAGCCGUGAUGCCGAACCUCACCUCUGUGCUGUUUGACAAGACAGAGUGGGAAACUCCAGACAACUUCAACCCCGAACACUUCCUUGAUGCUGAUGGAAAACUCCUGAGGAAGGAAGCGUUUCUGCCCUUCUCUGCAGGAAGGCGUGCUUGUCUGGGCGAGGGCCUUGCCAGGAUGGAGCUCUUCUUGUUUUUCGUCACUUUAUUUCAGAGGUUUCAUUUUUCGGCGGCAGCAGGAGUGGAGCUGCGUACAGAAGGAAUAAUUGGUGCCACUAGAACUCCACAUCCUUUCCAGAUCAUUGCAAAGCCUCGUUGAGAUGCUGCAAACAUUCCUUUUUCAUGAAACAUCUGAAUCAAACACCAUUUAAUAGUUUAAGUUAAGGUUAAAGUUCAGUUUAUUCAUAAAGCUACAUUUACUGGGCCGAUAAAAAAAAAGAUGCCAAAUAAAAUAGUGGGAAAAGUCUAAAUGUUAUUAUGCAAAUCUCAGAUUAAUUCUUUCUUAAAAUGAUAGCCCAUUGAACUAUUUUAAAUAAAGUGAAUACUUGUUUGGAUUUAAACUGAGAGUUAAUACAAUGCACGUUUUGAUGAUCAUUUGGUCUGAAAUGUUUAUUAUCGAAUGAUUAAAUAAAUAAAAAAAACUUUAGCAUUCUCUACAUUUUACUUUAUAAGAAUGUGGGUUAUUUGCUUAAGCAAUACAAGUAUAUUUUGAUGCAAAUAAACACUUAAAUAUUCGUUUCCUGUGUCCACUUUAAUUUUUUUAACUUUCCCCCUAAAAAAAAUGUACAAAAGUAUACAUUCACAUACAAAACUGCUCCCUUUCAAAAGUUUAUUUAUAAUUCUUAAAUCAAACAGAAAAGUGUUGCACCGUCGCUCUGACCCGUGCUGCCUCAGAUUGCACUUCUCUUGUGUGACAGAACAAAACCAGAACCAUUUACAUCAACAGUGACAAACAGACUUCAUGUGACAGAUCCAUAAUAAACACUCCACCUCCUUAGUGUUGCUCCAAACAUCCAAAGCAAGAGCAGGAGACGUUUAAGCAAAGUGAAAAGGCUCAAUUCAUUCUGUGUGAAAUCAAUGGCCUUUCAAUAUUAGAAACAAUAUUCGCCUCGACUGUAUUUAUUUACUGCAAAGACACAUGAACCACAAUCAUUUUUAUAAAUCUCAUUUCACUAUUUUUGUAUGGACGUUAAACCUGAUUCUCAUUUGGAUCAAAGCUGGUGUUUUAAUCAGAUUUACAUUUCAGUGUAACAUAUUUUUAAUUAAAUAGAAUCAUUCUGACGACAUUCUCAGUAAAUAGAAAGGUCUGCUGGUUGAGAACAACACCGGUCCCGUAGAAGAACGCCAUCAGAACGCCACUGACGGUGCUUAAUAUGACUUCAGAUUUUCACAGCUUUUCAAAGGUUCCAUUUUAGAAUGAGACAAAUAAAAAAGCUUGAUGUUUGAUGAUCUAAAAGUUGUUGGUGGCCAGCACCAGAAGUUAGUGAUUGCUCCCUAAAAAGCAGAGUGUCUCUUUCCAUCACUACUGGAGAACAAAAUACAUUUUAUAAACUUCAUAAAUGCCUCUACAGUCAUCUCAAGUUCAGCACGAGUCACAUGAUUUGAAUAGCGUUCAUUAGUAUAAAGCUCUACUCACUUAAAAAAUAUGAAGCGGACAUU